AUGCCUGAGAAAGGACAUCUCGCAAGUGCCACAGAUGAACAAUUGAAAGAUGUCAAGUGGUUGAGAGCGCAUUUCAAAGAACUUCAAGAAGCCCAGGAAAGACUCGAUAUUGCAGAGAAAAUCAUCCUUGAACUACAGACGUCAGUCAAAGAGCUUUUUGAAAUUGUCAAGAAGCUUGAGUCAUAG